GGUAGGUUUCUUUUGUGGGAAGCGUGUAAUGGACAAAUUCACCUACAAAUUCACCUCAACUCGACUCCACCAAAUUCAGUUGUAGUAUGCCUUUGGGUUCAGAGAAAGACUGAGAGAGAGACCAGGAAAUCGAGAGAACAGAGCGCGGGAAAUGGCCGGGGGAGGUUUCGCCGUUGUCGGUCCGGUCACCGGCAUCAACAACGGAAGGAUAACGCUGUCAGUGGUGAUCACCUGCAUCGUCGCUGCGUCUUGCGGUCUCAUAUUUGGCUACGACAUCGGAAUUUCAGGAGGUGUGACCACAAUGCCACCAUUCCUUCGAAAAUUCUUUCCAUCCAUACUGAGGAAGGAAUCAGAGACCAAACCAAACAUUUACUGCGUGUAUGAUAGUCAGCUUUUAACAUUAUUCACUUCCUCACUCUACUUAGCCGGUUUGGCUGCAUCGCUUGUAGCGAGCCGUCUCACUAAGAUUCUAGGCCGGAGGAACAUCAUGCUCUUGGGUGGUUCUACUUUCCUCGUUGGGGCUGCUUUAAACGGUGGAGCUGUUAAUAUUGCCAUGCUGAUCUUGGGUCGUAUCUUGCUCGGGUUUGGAGUUGGUUUCACUAACCAAUCUGCUCCCAUCUACCUCUCCGAAGUCGCGCCACCAAAAUGGCGCGGAGCCUUCAAUACUGGCUUCCAGUUCUUCAUCGGAAUCGGCGUCCUGGCCGCCAACUGCAUAAACUACGCCACCUCCAAGCACGAACACGGCUGGCGUUUCUCCCUUGGCCUCGCCAUUGUCCCGGCUGCCAUAAUGACCUUUGGUGCCGUCUUCAUUUCGGACUCCCCCUCGAGCCUAGUCGAACGCAACAAGCUCGAGCAAGCCAAGAAAGCUCUAAUCCACAUACGAGGCAAAGACACAGACAUCGAACCAGAGCUGGCGCUUCUCAUUAAAAAUAGUGAAAUUGCCAAAGCUAUCAAUGAGGAGCCAUUUAUGAUUAUAUUUCAGAGGCAGUACAGGCCUCAACUUGUGAUUGGAAUGAUUGCCAUUCCGUUUUUUCAGCAGGUGACUGGGAUCAACAUCAUUGCUUUUUACGCGCCUGUGCUGUUUCAAUCAGUCGGUUUUGGAAACGAUUCCGCUCUAAUUGCAGCCAUCAUACUCGGAAUGGUUAAUCUUGUUUCGAUUCUUGUGUCUUCUUAUGCGGUUGAUCGGUAUGGGAGGAGGAUUUUGUUUCUGCAAGGUGGUAUCCAAAUGUUCAUUACUCAGGUUGGGGUGGCUAUUGUUCUAGCACUUACAACAGGUACUGACGGCACCAAGCAUAUUACAAAGGGCUAUGCCAUACUAGUCCUAGUGUUGAUGUGUUUCUAUGCUGCCGGUUUUGGUUGGUCAUGGGGUCCUUUGAGUUGGCUCGUACCAAGUGAGAUAUACCCCCUGAAGAUUCGACCCAUAGGCCAGAGCAUGGGGGUUGGUAUGAACUUUGCAACCACAUUUGUGUUGUCCCAAACCUUCUUGUCAAUGUUGUGCCAUUUCAAAUAUGGGACAUUCCUGUUCUAUGGAGGUUGGAUAUUCGCCAUGACCAUUUUUGUUGCACUGUUCUUGCCGGAGACUAAAGGGAUACCACUGGACUUGGUGCAUACAGUGUGGGAGAAGCACUGGUAUUGGCGUCGGUUUGUUCAGAGUAAACCCGAGGACACUAUUAAUCAUGACGCUUAGUACUGCUUUCUAGAUCCAAAAUGAUGCGGUAAUGUACGUUUCAUUAGUUCCACUGCAUCUGUGACCUCAUUUGGUGACUCUAGAAGUACGGCAACCUAGCUAUCAGAUUUACAUUCUCAAGUAGUUGUACAUUGAUGUCGCAAUUAUAUUACUACAAUUAUAAGCGUCCAUGUGUGAUGUAUUUUCCAAGCUAGGUCACUAUUGAACAAGGUUUUCGUGGAUUAUUCAUCGAGUUUGCAAUUACAUUUUAAAACUGAAA